AUGAAAACUGAACUCAGCGAGAUUAAAGUAAAACAUAGAGAUAUUUUACAAAAGCAUUUAGAUGAAAUUAAACAGAAACAGUCUCUCAUGAAACAAACACUACAGGCCUUAAAGGAAAUGAAAUAUUCCAACGAAGUAUCUCCAACAAUUGAAUACAGCUCUAAAAUCAGAGAGUUUAGCAAGCUUCCACCCAAGGUUCAGGUACCACUGCCAACAUUCAUUCCAAAACCAAUAGAUCGUGAGAAGCUGUAUAAUUUGUUUGAACAGGUCACUCAAUUAUCUACCGCUACUGAAGAGGAUGUAUUGUCACAAGACCAACAAAGUUCCUCUGGAAAAGAACUACUGGAUGAACCAGAGCUAAUUUCCACCAUACAGACUGGGUAUAAAACACUACGCAUUGUUUGCUGUCACAAAGAAGAUAGAAUAUGGACAUGUGGAGAUACCAAUGAAAUCAAAUGCUUCAGCGUUGAUGGAUCACUCUCCCAGAGAAUCCAGACAAUAUCAGGAAAAUGGCCCAAUGAUAUAUUUGUAGACAGUGAAGGGGAUCUUUUGUACUCAAAUCGGAUAGCCGGGACAGUAAUUACAGUAAGGAAUGGAAAGACAGAAGAGUUGAUCAGAUUGCAUGGAUGGGGGCCGUGUAAGGUGUUUGUUACUUUUUCUGAAUAUUUGCUAGUUACCAUGUGCAGUGAUAAUUUAACUCAAUCCAAAGUUGUCCGUUACUCGGGAUCCACUGAGAAACAAACAAUUCAGUUUGAUGAUGAAGGUAAACCUUUGUACUCAGGGAAUACCAAGAUCAAAAACAUAACUGAGAACAGAAACCAUGACAUCUGUGUAGCUGACUAUGGGGCUGGUGCUGUAGUGGUGGUUAAUCAAGGCGGGAGACUCAGAUGGAGAUACACCGGUCAUCCCUCAGUUACAAAGAAGGAAGCAUUUAAACCUUGUGGUAUCUCAACAGACAGUCAGAGUCGCUUACUAACAGCAGACACUGAGAACCAUUGUAUCCACAUUCUGGAUCAUAAUGGACAGUUUCUCCGUUACAUUGAUAACUGUGGUCUGGAGUAUCCUUAUGGUUUAUGUGUGGGCAAUAAUGACAAUCUGUUUGUGUGCGAGUAUUAUAAAGGCAAUGUAAAGAAAAUCAAAUAUCUAAACUAGACAUUCAAGCUGUGACAAAUUAUUGUCUUAUAAAACACUUUUUCGGUAUGUAUUAACAUACUGAACAAGUGUUUAUAAGACCUUUAUUGUAAGAACAAGGUUAUAUAUUAUGAUGACACAUGAUUGAUUUACGAUAUGCUCUUUGAUUUAGACAAGGAAAGGAUAAGGACGAUAAUUACAGGAAAAUAUGCAAGAAAGUUAGCACGUUUAGGAACCAUCGACUCGAAACAAUUGAGUUAACUCAAUCGGAAUGGUGCUACAUUCUCGAACGAAAUUCAAUCACUUUAACAUUUGCAAUUGAUUAUACCUUCUUGAACUGGUAUAUAUGAAGUCUCAUCUGCAACAUGUUAUACUUAAAAAGUUUGUAUUAUAAGCAGUAUUUGCACAAUCAGAAUUUGUAUGGCAGAAUAAUAAUGUUGGAUGAUACCAAAGAUAUAUUAAUAGUUUAACAACAUAUUUCAUAAGAAUGAAUUUUAAAUAUACAUUAAUAAUUGUUACUCCUCCAAAAAUAAGACUAGAUUAAUUAAUCAACACAACAUCUGUCACUAUGCUCAGAGAAUGCGGAAACGAGUGUAACGUUAAUUACUAGUAUAAACCAUAGUUUAUUUUGAAUAUUGCGUCUGAAAAUGGCAUUAAAUAUUUCAUUUCCAAAAACUAAUGUGAAAUAAAUCUAAGAGGGUGGAAUUUAAAUAAUUAUUUUACUUUCUUAUUUAUUGAAUGUUAACAUAAAAAGAAAAUUAUCAGUGGUUUUUGGGGAUUGAAUCGGGUGCCUUUGGUGUGUAAGCAUGGGACUCAUACCACUAGGCUAAGUCAGAUUUAUCUUUAUAGUAACAUAUUAUCUUUAUUAUAGAAAAUACAUUUCGGUUUUAGGUUUAUUAUUGUGUGAUGUUAGAAAGAAUACCAUUCUGGAUAAUUCUUGCCUAGCUCACUGUCAUUAUCCAAGAGAAGGACAAGGGAGAUGAUGUAACUUCGGUGUAAAGAAAUUAAUUUUAACAUUCACGGUGUGUCCUUGCUUAUGUAUGUGUAUUUGUUAAUUUCUUUGCUUAUUGCUAUGAUAGGGUAUGCGUAUAAACAAAUUGUAUUAUCUAUUUGAUAUUGAGAUAUAGUUUUUGAAUGAGAAAAGAUAAACCUGUACUUACAUAUAUUAGACAAAAAAAAAACCCGGUAAUACUAUAGAUCAAUGAGUAAUAGUAUUGGGAUUAUAUGUAUAAUUAUGAUAUACAAUUGCAAUAAACAGAUUUUUAUUUCAA